UCUCUUUCUCUUUCUUUCUUCCCAUCCCCAUCCUCCAUCUCUCUCCCAGACCAGGUCUUAAAAAGUCUUGUCGGGUAUCCUUUGGGUCAUUCUUCUUCUUCUUCUUCUAACAACAUCAUACUAAAUACUUUCUUCCCUCCCUCAUUCACCAUGUCCAACCUUCCCGUUGAGCCCGAGUUCGAGCAGGCCUACAAGGAGCUUGCCUCGACCCUCGAGAACUCCACUCUUUUCCAGAAGAACCCCGAAUACCGCAAGGCUCUGGCUGUCGUCUCUGUCCCCGAGCGCGUCAUCCAGUUCCGUGUCGUCUGGGAGGAUGACCAGGGCCAGGUCCAGGUCAACCGCGGUUUCCGUGUCCAGUUCAACUCCGCCCUCGGCCCCUACAAGGGUGGUCUCCGCUUCCACCCCACUGUCAACCUCUCCAUCCUCAAGUUCUUGGGUUUCGAGCAGAUCUUCAAGAACGCCUUGACUGGUCUGAGCAUGGGUGGUGGUAAGGGUGGUUCCGACUUCGACCCCAAGGGCAAGUCCGACAACGAGAUCCGCCGCUUCUGCGUUUCUUUCAUGACUGAGCUCGCCAAGCACAUCGGUGCCGACACUGAUGUCCCCGCUGGUGAUAUCGGUGUCACUGGCCGUGAGAUUGGUUUCCUCUUCGGCCAGUACCGCAAGAUCCGCAACCAGUGGGAGGGUGUCCUUACUGGUAAGGGCCUCACCUGGGGUGGUUCCUUGAUCCGCCCCGAGGCUACCGGUUACGGUGUUGUCUACUACGUUGAGCACAUGAUCCAGCACGCCACCAACGGCGCUGAGUCCUUCUCCGGCAAGCGCGUCGCCAUCUCUGGUUCCGGUAACGUCGCCCAGUACGCCGCCCUCAAGGUCAUUGAGCUCGGUGGUUCCGUUGUUUCCCUGAGCGACAGCCAGGGCUCCCUCAUCGUUGUCAACGACUCCAGCUUCACCCCCGAGGAGAUCGCUUUGAUUGCCGACCUCAAGGUCGCCCGCAAACAGCUCGCCUCUAUCGUCUCCGAGGGUGUCUUCGCCGACUCCGCCAAGUUCAAGUACAUUGCUGGUGCUCGUCCCUGGAAGCACGUUGGCAAGGUCGACGUUGCCCUUCCCUCUGCUACCCAGAACGAGGUUUCCGGCGAGGAGGCGCAGGCGCUGAUCGAUGCUGGAGCCAAGUUCAUCGCCGAGGGUUCCAACAUGGGCUGCACCCAGGAGGCCAUCGACACCUUCGAGGCCCACCGUCAGGCCAACGCCGGCAAGGCUGCCAUCUGGUACGCCCCCGGUAAGGCCGCCAACGCCGGUGGUGUCGCCGUCUCCGGUCUCGAGAUGGCUCAGAACUCUGCCCGCCUCAGCUGGACCUCUGAGGAGGUUGAUGCCCGUCUCAAGGACAUCAUGCGCUCCUGCUUCAAGAACGGUCUCGAGACCGCUAUUGAGUACGCCACCCCUGCGGAGGGUGUCCUGCCUUCCCUGGUCACCGGUUCCAACAUCGCUGGUUUCACUAAGGUUGCUGCUGCCAUGAAGGACCAGGGUGACUGGUGGUAAAUGCUUCGCAUCGUCGGUGAGAUGGUGCUAUGAUGAUGACUUUUCUUCUC